CAUGGACGCCGCAGAAGUGGACAUUGGUGUGUGAUAGCGGGGAUCAGUAAUCAUAUUAUUUUUUUUUCCUUGUCUUAUUCGUAAUAGUCGAAGCAUACUUAUUUGUUGGUAUGCUGUUCUGUUAGCGACGCUGUUGAACGUGCAAGGGACCAGGACCAUUGAUGGCAGCCACUGUCCAGGCUAAGACGUGCAGAAGGAAUAAAGUCUUGGGGGUAACCCAGGAGUCUGAGGGGCGCAAGGGUGAGCUAUCCGGGGUCAAACAGAGGGAAGGGACUCAGAAGCUGCACGAAGAUGCUUCAGAACCCGGGAAACUCAGGGAGGGCCAUGCUGGUUCUGAAAAGGCUAUCAGCUUGGUUGCCAAGGCCACGGUAGAGACCAGUCUUGCUGACAGUGUUCAGGGAUGUGCAGGUAUGGACAGCGUGACAGGUGUGGAGAAUGGCACAGAUGUGGACAAUGGACCAGAUGUUGACUCUGCACGAGGCAGCUCAGCAGAUCAGCAAAACCACGAUGAGUCUUCUUGUCAGCGGGUGGACAGCACCCAGCCUCUCUCUGACGAGCCAUCCAAUGCGGCAUCCAGCUCUUCACCUGUCCGGCAACCGAGAAAAGUGGGCCGGCCACGGAAGAACCCCAGGCCCAAGAAGGUGCUCACGCCUUCCAAAUCCACCGCCCCCAGCCUAGCGACAAGCACAGAGACCAACAAAGAACAGACCCCAGCACCACAGAAACGCAGAAAGAGGAGGACCAAGGCUGAGAUUCUGGCUGCUGCUGCUGCCGCAGCUGCUGAGUGUCAGCUAACUAGCACGCCUCUCUCAAAGCCCCAAAACCAGCUGGGGAACGCAGAAGAGCAGGAGAUGACCCCUAGUGGCAGACCGAAGAGGAGAGCUGCCAAGGCUGCCAUGGAAUACCUCCACUCCCUGGUGGAAGACAUGGAGGAUACGCAUCUGAGUUCCGAUAAGAAAAAAGGUAAGCUAGAUCUGGACCACAGCUCUGGCCCGCCCCAGAAACAGGCCCGGGGCCGUGGGAAGAAGAGGAAAGCCCGGGACCUGGACAGCGAUGAAGCCAGCGGGGAUGAAGACUUUGUCCCUGACCACAAGGAUGAUGAGAGCGAGGAAGAGCACACCCAGGACGACGAUGACGAUGACUCCGUCUCGAGCUUGGACAGGGAGCUGAAGAUGUUGCGUGGAGACUCCCGUGGAAAAAGCACACCGACAGCUAAGCGCAAAUACAAAGGCAUGGCAGCCAAUGGCUUGGUGAACAAUGUCAUGGGCCCUAUCUGGUGUUGUACCACUACCACUAAGGAGUUCCGGGAGGAGCACCAUGCCUCCUGGGUCUUUCCUGAGUGGAUCCCUUCGGCUAAAGACUGGCAAUUCCUGUCUGCAAGUGAGUCGGAGAAAUACUUACCCAAACAAGAGCAAUCUCCAGCCUUCAGGAUUUCAAGAGAGGGACUCAAAGAAGAGACAACCUUAUGCAAAAUUCAAAGGUUCGACAGCCUCCCUGUUCACCCCGAGCGCUGGGACACGGGCUUCUUUGUGGGUGGCCCUAUCUGGUCCAUGGACUGGUGCCCGUGUCCAGGCGGGGCGACCAGCAGCCAGUUCGCUGCCAUCUACUGCCACAGGGGCAUGGACGACCAGCAUGUGAUGACGGGCACCUCCACUGAGCCCGCCCUGCUGCAGAUAUGGGACCUGGGCGAACUGCAGUAUGACACAUGCCCCGCGGCCCCAGCACGCUUGGCCUACGCCGUCGCCAUGGACGACGGGUGUAUUUGGGAUAUGAAGUGGUGCCCGAGUGGGGCGUGGGAGCUGCCAACAACCUCCAGAAAGGUUCCCCAGAUGUCCAGGCUGGGGAUCCUGGCUGCAGCUUUGUCCAGUGGGAACAUCACAGUGUACAGCCUGCCUCACCAGGAUGCCCUGAUGGCUGUUAGGAAGAGCCGAACGAAAGGAGGAGACAGCCAAGCUCCACUGAUAUGCCAGGUCCAGCCUGUUGCUGUUCUAAAGGUGGGCUCCAUUCAGGCUAGCGAACCCAGUCAGGCUGGUCAGUGUUUCACCCUGGACUGGAUGCCUAUGAAGCCCCACAAUGUCCUGGCAGCUGGCUUCUACGACGGCACUGUGAACUUGUGGAACCUGAACACCAAGUCCUUGCUGCUGCGCGUGCGGUCGCCCCGCGGUUUGUUGACGCUGUACCCCUACCACUGCUUCACGGCCCACGACCACGCCAUCCGCACCCUCGCCUGGUGCAAGGCGUCCAGUCAUUUAAUGGUAACAGCCAGCGAUGACAGGAAGCUGAAGUUCUGGGAUUUGAGGAAGACGUAUGAGCCUAUCAGCAUGCAGAAGCGCUACAUAUCCACAGAGGUGUGCUGGCCACUGUACUGGUCUGGCAUCUGCGUGGCACAAGAGUGCAGCUACACACCGUAUGGACAGCAUGGAAUCCAUUACAUAGAUGCAGGAUACUUUGGCUAUAAGCCAUACUUUAUGGCACCAAGGAAAGGAACUAUAUGGAGCGCCUCCUUCUCGGAUUGGCUGAACACCAGUGUGACUGCAGACAUCACCGGAGAUGUGAUCAUGGUCCUGCUGCCUGUCAUGUCCAUCAACCCCAGCGGCAUCAAGCGUACAUUAGACCGUCGAUUUCCCGUGUACAGAACCGACAUGGUCCGGUUUGGUUCUGACCCAGAGAGAGAUGCACCGGGAGCAGAAUGUAACGGACAGGACCCAGAGUCCCAGGUCUACAGCGAAGCCGUUAAGAAGCACUACCUCCAUUUCCACGACAUGGACAUGAGAACGUUUAAGAAUGCCGCCCAGAGAGCCCCGGUCAAGCACAUGCAGGCCACGGAGACAAAGGGCAUCAUGUCAUUGGACAAGAUGCCGCUAGAAUCUCUGCACAAGGUGCGUAUAAACCCCAACCUGGGCACUCAGAGCUGGCUGCUGUCAGCUGGGCAGUCGGGCCUGGUGCGGAUGCACUGCAUCCGUGCCAUGAACAGCCCGUUCAUUGACAAGAUGGUGCGAGAGAGCGAGGCACAGUUCAGCGCCAUGUUCCAGCCAGAGGGGGCCACUUCCAACCAGAACGACACCAUGGCCGUACAGCACAGCACCGAGGGCACGGUGGAGGUGGUGUGACAUCACAAUAAAGCCCUCCCAUAAACCCCCCAGUGAAGCUUCGCUUUACAGAAUCAUAGAAAUUAUCCACACAGAGGGGCUUAGGCCCUGAGC